AUGGCGGAUGCCGAAGAAGGCUUCGGGCUCCCAGCCACGCCGGUCGACUCAGACACGAAGGAGCUAGCGAGCGACGGGAAGCCGGAGAGUCAGCUGGGCGCCAGCAGCAAGCAACCUUCCUCGCCCCAGGCCGCCUUCACCCAACAGGGCAUGGAGGGAAUCAAAGUGUUCUUACACGAGCGAGAAUUAUGGCUCAAAUUUCAUGACGUGGGGACCGAAAUGAUUAUAACCAAAGCUGGAAGGCGCAUGUUCCCCAGCUACAAGGUGAAAGUGACGGGACUCAACCCAAAAACAAAGUACAUCCUGUUAAUGGAUAUUGUCCCCUCUGAUGACCACAGAUACAAAUUUGCAGAUAAUAAAUGGUCAGUGACUGGGAAAGCUGAGCCUGCCAUGCCGGGAAGAUUAUAUGUGCACCCGGACUCGCCAGCCACUGGGGCCCAUUGGAUGAGGCAGCUGGUCUCCUUCCAAAAACUCAAGCUGACCAACAAUCAUCUUGACCCAUUUGGCCAUAUCAUCCUCAACUCCAUGCACAAAUACCAGCCCAGACUCCAUAUCGUCAAGGCGGAUGAGAACAAUGGGUUUGGCUCCAAAAACACAGCCUUCUGCACCCAUGUCUUUCCAGAGACGGCCUUUAUCGCUGUGACGUCCUACCAGAAUCAUAAGAUCACCCAGCUCAAGAUCGAAAACAACCCCUUUGCAAAAGGAUUUCGAGGCAGCGACGAUAUGGAGCUGCACAGAAUGUCGAGGAUGCAAAGCAAGGAGUACCCUGUGGUUCCCAGAAGCACCGUCCGGCAGAAGGUGGCCUCCAACCACAGCCCUUUCAGUGGCGAGAACCGGGCAUUGCCUGCCUCUUCCAACCUCGGGUCUCAGUUCCAGUGUGAGAACGGCGUUUCCAGCACUUCUCAGGACCUGCUACCAGCUGCCAACUCGUACCCUGUGUCGCAGGACCACAGCCAGAUUUACCACUGCACCAAGAGAAAAGAUGAAGAAUGUUCCACCACAGAGCAUCCUUACAAAAAGCCCUACAUGGAGACGGCUCCUCCAGAAGAAGACCCUUUCUAUCGCUCCACCUACUCCCAGCAGCAGGGACUCAAUACCAGUGCAUACAGGACUGAGUCUGCUCAGCGCCAAGCCUGCAUGUACGCGAGCUCUGCGCCCGCCACGGAGCCAGUGCCCAGCCUAGAAGACAUCAGCUGCAACACGUGGUCCGCUGUGCCGUCCUACAGCAGCUGCACAGUGACUGCCAUGCAGCCUAUGGACAGGCUGCCUUACCAGCAUUUCUCUGCCCAUUUCACUUCUGGCCCCCUCAUGCCCCGGCUUGCCACAGUCGCCAACCAUACCUCAUCGCAGAUCGGGGAGACGCAUGCCAUGUUCCAGCACCAGACCUCUGUCCCUCACCAGCCCAUUGUCCGGCAAUGUGGACCUCAGGCAAGCAUACAGUCGCCUCCCAGCAGCCUACAGCCAGCAGAGUUCCUUUAUUCUCAUGGGGUGCCCCGAACCCUCUCCCCCCACCAGUACCAUUCCGUGCAUGGGGUGGGCAUGGUGCCAGAAUGGAGCGAGAACAGUUAACAAGGCAAUCAAGGGAGAGGAUUGCUGGAGAGAUUUCACUGCAAACGAAGAGUGGUGUUUGUUUGUCUGUUUGUUUGCAAGACUCGCUUUAACUGAAUGUUAAUAUCUAAGCACUCGAGAGAUGGACAGCGUCCUAUCCCCUGGGCAGACCAUGGUAUUGUAUCUCCUGGCUUUCCUUUCUUGCGACCAAUGACAAACUGAUCCAUGCCGUUCCGCCCUGCCCCACGCCAUACAGCCCCCCCCAUGCCCAGACAUAGCCACACUGAGUUUGCAUUGCUUCCACACCAACUUGUGCCCUUGCACAACAUUAUAGUUUGGUUUUGUUUUCAGGUGAAACACGGGAGUUUUGCUACCUUUCUUGACACGCGGAGAGUGCUCAUAACAAGAUGAUCAGAAUAUGUCGUGUUUUCUUUUCUCCCCUCUCCCUCUCUCUCUCUCU